AUGUGUGUGGCGACUGGGAGCUGGAUGGUGGACGCUCUGCUGGUGGUCCUGCCUCUCGCGUACUGGUACCGAAGGCGCAACUUUUUCUUCUGGGAGAAGCUGGGAGUGCCUUACUUGAAGCCCACGUCGUUCCUCGGCAACAUGAGUGGGUUGGCGAUCGGAGAGCAACACGCCGGAGAUCCCAUAUACGAUUGCUACCUGGAGGCUGCCGAUGCGCCCUUCAUGGGCAUGUUCGCAUUCGGCAAUCCGCUGCUCAUGGUCAAGGACCCGAAACUGUUGUCUUGUGUGCUGGCGACGGAUUUUCCAGUAUUUAACAGCCGUAACUUCGCUGUCGGAAGUGACUCACUGCUGACAAAGUCUGUCUUGAGUGUAAAUGGAGACAGGCACUGUGUUGCACGAGGCAGUGAUCAGCCUAUUGUGCGUCAGGCUACGACACUCUGGGACGCAAAGUUUACUGAAUUGUGGCUGCAGCAGCAGCUGAAGCUGCAACCGCAGCACAUACAAGAGCAGCAUGUUCAGAGCCAGUACGAUAUACCACGGAAACACAAGAGGGACAUGAAAUGGGAAACGCUGAGGACGAAGGUGGCGCCAGUAUUCACUCCCGGCAAGAUAAAGGCGAUGUUCCCACUGAUGGAGGGCGUUGGACAGGACUUGGUGCAGCACCUCACUGCCGAAGUUGAGAAAGGUGAGGCCAUUGACGUGUGGCAGUUGAUGGCUCGGUACACGGCCCACGUGCUCUGUGCGAUAGUGCUGGGGGCGGACGCCGGCUCCAUGUCGGAGGCCAAAUCGCCGAUGAGAGAACACGUCAUGAGCCUCACACGCAAAGACGUGCUAGCUCAGCUGUCCCUCGCCAUCAGUCUCCUGGCUCCACAACUCUUCAAGCUGUUUCCCUUGACGUUUACAUCCGAGAGGGAAGAGACCCUCCUCUACUUCUCCACCGUACAGAUGAUGAACGAACGGAGGCAGAAAGGAAUAGUCCGCGCAGACAUGGUGGACACGCUGAUGCAGCUGCGGACGUCAGCAAAUAAGAAACAGUCCAAAAGCGGUGCCGACAGGAAGUCGUCAGCCGGUACAAAUCAUAUGGAAAUGGAUGACGAGACAAUAGUUGGCAACAUCGUCGCUUUCCUGAUUGGUGGGCUUGACACGCCUGUUUCGACCAUGACGUACGCUCUGUACCAGCUUGCCAUCAACCAGCAAAUACAAGACAGGGUCCGCCUGGACAUCCGUGAGGCCAUCUUUCGCCACGGCGGCGAGUUUACAUAUCAGGCAUUGGGAGCCAUGAACCAGCUCGACUACGUUAUCGACGAGACGAUGCGGCUUUACCCUCCGAUGAACUUCCUGGACCGCAAAACGACGCAGCCCUUCCGGAUCCCGGGCACAGACAUAGUGCUGCCCAAGGACACGGGCAUCGUCGUCUCGGUGCUGGGCCUGCACCACGACCCUCGGUACUGGGAGCACCCAGAGCGCUUCUUGCCGGGGAGGUUCAGCGGCGAGGGCGGCAAGGCGAGACCCAGCCACACCUUCCUGCCCUUCGGGGACGGCCCGAGGCAGUGCCCUGGAUUGAGAAUGGCACACACGCAAAUGAAGAUCGCCCUGGCGAACGUCCUGAUCAACUUCCGUGUGAGCGUUACUGAGAAGACUCCAGUGCCUCAGGCUGCAAACCGUCGGAAGCUGAUAAGGAAGUCAGAGGGAUCGUUUGAGCUGGCCUUCGAGAUGAUUUCCUAA